CACACAUUUUUCAGACUCUAUUUAUGAAAAUACAUUGAAUAUGUAUUGUUGUUAUAUUUUAAUUACUUUACUUUUGUAGUAUCUUCUAGAAUUAUAUCAUCAUCUGAUCUCAUGCAAGUUGUUAUCCUCAUAUAUUUCGGGAUUCAUUUUGAUUGGUUUACCUAUUUGGGUAGCAGUUAUAAAUAUGUGGUAGAAUGAAGCUGUCAUGAUCAUUUUGGUGAAUAUCCAAGCAAUCAUAAAGAACAAGGCAAACUAGGAAACUAUUUUAUAUUCAUAGGACAUUGUUUAUUGCCCCCAUAAUUACAGGCAGAUCUAGAUAUGAUAUGAUUAUUAGUUCACGUGAAUUCAAUAGCUUUGGUUUAGAUUUUGCAUAUAUUUUAUGACAUUUAUUAAGUAUCUGUAAAUAUUUGAAUCACAAACUUAUAAACCUCAAAUCUUGGAUCUGCUUCUGCCAAUAGCUAUUGACAAAACAAUACAUUCUUUUUCAUACCAUUCAUGGCUCUCUCUUUUUUCUUCUUCAUUUUUUUCUCGAUACUCCAAAUACCCCUCUUUUCCACAGCAACACGCCACAGAGCACCUCUCUUUAGACCACAAUUCAACGCUCAACUAGACCAUUUCUCCAAAAAUGACACUCCAACAACCUUUUUUGAAGUCACAAAUCCUAUAAAAGUACCAAAAACCAAGUCUUGUUCCUACUUAGUACUCAAACAUGACUUUGCCAACACAUAUGGGAGAUCACCAAUUCUCACAAAUUACAUCCCCCCUUCAAAUUGUCCAUCUAAAAGGUUUUCCAAGAUUGUUCUUGAAUGGAAAGCAACAAGUAAAGGAAGACAAUUUGAUAGAAUAUUUGGUAUUUGGCUUAGUGGUGUUGAGAUUUUCAGGAGUUGCACUGCUGAGCCAAGGCCUAAUGGCAUUAUUUGGACUGUCAAGAAGGACAUUACUAGGUACAGUUCUUUGCUUAUGACAAAUCAAACACUUGCUGUUUAUAUGGGGAACAUUGUUGAUAGUAAAUAUACUGGUGUGUAUCAUGUGAAAAUUUUUGUUCAUUUUUAUCGUGCUGAUAAAGAAUCAAUUUUGGGUGAUUUGCAUAAGGGAUUUGGUUCUGGUGGGGCUGAUUUAAUCCUGCCAAUUUCGAGAAAUUUGCCAUUGAAUGAUGGUUUAUGGUUUGAGAUUGAGAAUUCUACUGAUGUACAGUCAAAAGAAUUCAAGAUCCCACAAAAUGUGUACAGGGCUGUGUUGGAACUUUAUGUGUCAUUCCACGAGAAUGAUGAGUUUUGGUAUGGAAAUGUGCCAAAUGAUUAUAUUACUGUGAAUAAUUGUACUGAUAUCCCGGGGAAUGGUGCUUUUAGAGAGGUUUUAGUAAGUUUGGAUGAUGUUGUAGUUGGUGCAGUUUGGCCUUUUACUGUGGUCUAUACUGGUGGUAUUAAUCCUCUAUUGUGGAGACCUAUUAGUGCAAUUGGUUCAUUUGAUCUUCCUUCAUAUGACAUUGAAAUUACGCCGUUGUUAGUAAAGAUUUUAGAUGGAAGUUCUCAUAAUAUUUCAUUCAGUGUCACAAAUGCUCUUAAUGUGUGGUAUGUUGAUGCAAAUUUGCACCUUUGGUUGGAUAAGAAGAGCGUAAAAACAGAAGGGAAGUUGUUGGAGUAUAGUAGUUUGCCCCUUUCCUUUUCUCUCGCGAGCAAUUUUACUGGUCUUGAUGGAUCCUUUGUGACAAAUGCUCAUAGAUCGAUCUCAUUGACUGGAUUGGUAAAUUCAUCUUAUGGAACAGUCACAACUAGAUCAUCUCAGAGUUUUAGUUAUAGUAACAAUAUGGUUAUGGGAAAUAACGCGAACUUGCAGAUUAUUGAUCAGAAAAUUGACUUCAAUGACACUGUUUAUGCCAAGACACGGUCUUCUUCUGUUCAGGUUCUUGAAUCCUUUAAGAAGUUUCAGUUUCACAUGUAUUCUGAUGGUGUUGAGAUAGGAGAUCAAAGCUCUGUUUCUAUCUCGAAUGUGACUUUGAUAUUCGAUGAAGAAAGGUUGAAGAGGUCGAAGUAUGGAUCCUCAGCCAGCUCGGUUCACAAUCUGCAGAAAGCGCAGGGGUAUAUGCUUUUAAAGGACCAGUCGAUAGACAGUGGACUCGGUAGCACACAACAAACAUAUAAGUAUGACGAUGAUUCAGACUGCUACUUCAGGAACAUAAGUAGCUCAAAUUACACAGUGAUUUAUGACAAGGUGAACAAAUAGUUGCAGCAAAUUGAAGACUUGACUUAAAUGAAAGAACUGUAUGUACAUUGCCCUUUUCAUUCUAGCUUUUGUUAAAGGUUUGGCUUUGUGCUUUAAGAGAGCCUCAAAUAAUUGCACAACCUUGAUAUACUCUGCAGUCUUUUGGUCAUUUUGUAGCUGGGAUAGGAACAGAGAUGCAUUCAGGAUUUGAAGUUUAUGGUUUCCUAUGA